CGCGAGCCGCCUUCGAGGCGGGUGGAAACACGCGAGCCGCCUUCGAGGCGGGUGGAAACACGCGAGCCGCCUUCGAGGCGGGUGGAAACACGCGAGCCGCCUUCGAGGCGGGUGGAAACACGCGAGCCGCCUUCGAGGCGGGUGGAAACACGCGAGCAGCCUUCGAGGCGGGUGGAAACACGCGAGCAGCCUUCGAGGCGGGUGGAAACACGCGAGCCGCCUUCGAGGCGGGUGGAAACACGCGAGCAGCCUUCGAGGCGGGUGGAA